AGUGUUUGCUUUUGUUGGACGAAGAGAAAAAUUGCUGGCUAGCCAGGAUACCGUUAAUUUGUUUUGAUUUUUUUCCUAGGUCCCUUUUGGCCUAUUAUUAAUCACAGGAGUAUCAAUAAAGCAGAAUCUACAUCUGUGAAGCAUCAACAUGGCAGUCAGAAGGGGACACAUCAGAUACCUCAAAGUGUGUGAGGUACAGAGUUGUCAGGGUGACAAUAGGGAAUCACAACAGCAUGUCAGUAAGGGUUCGAUUAACAUGAAGCAAGACGCUUAUGAUAACGGUUACGACGAACACAUGGAAGAUGAGCCCAAAGAUGCCAAAACCAACCUUAUUGUCAAUUACCUGCCCCAGAACAUGAGUCAGGACGAGUUGCGGAGUCUCUUCAGCAGCAUCGGCGAGGUGGAGUCUGCCAAACUCAUCCGCGAUAAAGUGGCAGGUAAUCCCUAUCACAAAAACCAGAAAGUCUGUGACAUCAAAUAUUUUUCUUUGACUUCACCAAGAUUUUCUGUCUGGAUUACUAAUCUGUAAAAUCAAUGCGGUAUUUGCUGGUUACCGCAAUUGUCUUUUACUUUGUAUAUAACUCCUGUGUACCCCCUCAAUCUUAUGAAAAUGUAUUUAGAUGCUAAGACUAUUUUUGUGUGUUGCAGACUCGCUGAUUAGUGUUGGGAUCAGCGAUUGACUUUUUUUCUUUGGGAUGUUGUUCAACUCCUGUUUUUCUGUGCUAUACAUCUUGUUGAAUCUGUUCUUUAAACUUUACUUUAGUGUCUCUUUUUUUAAAUGGUGGUCGUUGGGAAUUCUAUUCAUGGUCUUUGCAGAUGUUUUCUUAUUUCAUUGGGUGUUAUGGCUGCUCCGUGUUAUUAGAUCUGGUGAUUACAACAUAUCUUAAAAUGCA